AUGGCUAGGGCACCUUUUCAGGGUGGAAACUUACAACACAUAAAGAUCCCACUUUCGGCUAUUGUGGCGGCCACGGAAAAUUUUGCUAAAGAAUAUGAGAUUGCCUCCGGUGGAUUUGGUACGGUCUACAAAGCGAAGCUUGCUCAAUUUGAUAAAGGCAAUUUACGAUUAACAGAAGGGAAGAAUGAAAGUGAACUUCAAAAGGAAUGCAUCACCGUAGCAAUAAAACGCAUAAUGGUUAGAGAAGACAAGCUUGGUGAAGAAAGUUUUUAUGCAGAAAUUAAGAUGCUUUGUAAUUGUGAUCAUCCCAACAUCGUCUCUCUUCUUGGCUUUUGUGAUGAAGGUCAAGAGCUGAUCCUUGUAUACGAGCUUGCUUCUAAUAGAAGCCUUGAAGAUUUUUUGCAAAAUCACGAUAGUUUGAUUUUUAGUCUUAACUGGGAACAACGGAUCAAAAUCUGCAUUGGUAUAGCACGCGGAUUGCAUUACCUUCAUACUGAACGGGGGAUAGUACACAGAGAUAUAAAAAGUGCCAACAUUCUGUUGAACCAAAAUUGGGAUGCAAAGAUUGCUGACUUUGGGCUCUCCAGAUCCCACGCUACAGAUCAACAAGCGAACACCAUCCAAACUAAAAGACUUGCAGGCACUCCUUAUUAUAUUGAUCCCGAAUAUGAGAGUACAGGUACGUUGAGAAAAUCAUCAGACAUUUACUCUUUGGGCGUAGUUCUAUUUGAGAUCAUGUGUGGUAAGUUGGCCUAUCAUCAUAGUUUCAUCAAUGAAAAUAGGAAAGGGCUCCCAGCCAUUGCACGACAACGCUUCGAAGACGGAACAAUAAAAAAACUGGUUGAUCCUGUGUUGUUUAAGGAAGAAUAUUUAAAUCAACAUUCACUAGACACAUUUUCAGAAGUUGCAUAUAAUUGUUUGGAUGGAUCUCAAGCCAACCGUCCAAAUGGGAAAGACAUUAUUGAGAAACUUCAGAAGGCAUUAUCUUUCCAAAAACCACGGAAAAAAAAGGAAGGCACUUUACGAAUUCCGUUUGACGAGAUAUUACUAGCCACAAAGAAGUUCUCUAUGCAGAUAGGAAAAGGAGGUUUUGGGGAGGUAUACAGAGGAGAGCUUACUCACGCUAAUGAGCACAAAACCAUUGCUGCGAAGCGGCGGAAUUGGAAGAACGCUAAAGGAGCAAAGGAAUUUGCAGCCGAAUGUAUGGUUCUUUCAAAGUAUAAACAUGAGAAUGUAAUUGUCCUUGUAGGCUAUUGUAAAGAACCGAGUGAGAUGGUCAUCGUCUAUGAGUACGCGUCUAAAUCAAGUCUGGAUCGCCACUUGGGCAGCAGUGAUCUUAGUUGGACGAAAAGGCUCAACAUAUGCAUUGAUGUUGCAAGAGGGAUAGACUUCCUCCAAAAAGGCAUCGGAACUUUAGAGAUUUUGAUACAUAGGGACAUAAAGAGUGGUAGCAUUCUAUUAAAUGACGACUGGAAAGCAAAAAUUUCAAAUUUUGGUUCAUCCUUAAGGAUUCCAAAAAAUCAGCAAAGGGACUAUGUCAUCGAUGAAGUUGUAGGCACGAGAGGUUACAUUGACCCGGUAUAUCAGCGUAGGACUUUCUUAACCAAAGAAUCGGAUAUGUACUCGCUUGGUGUGGUUUUACUAGAGGUCUUGUGUGGUAGAUUGUCAAUUGAAUAUGAUGACGAGGGGGAGUGUCGGUCGUCUCUACUUGAGUUAGUCAAUCAACACUUCAGUGAGAAAGGGACGCUAGAUGAGAUCGUACUUGAGUGUAUAAAGGAGCAAAUUGUGCCAGGAUCGUUGGCUGUAUAUUCUAGAAUAGCCUUUCAAUGCUUAGAUCCCGAGAGAGAAAACCGACCAACAGCAAGUCAAGUGAUUGAACAACUUACUCAAGCAUUGGAAUUCCAAGUAAGUUUCCUGCAUCCAUAUAUGUGUAUAUAUGCAUUGAAAUAUGUGAUUACUAAUUACGAGUAA